AAAAAAUGAAAUCCCUAAACAAACAUUCCCAAAUGUUUUCAUCACUCUCCAACCACUAUUCACCACAUUCAAUGGAGUCAUCACAAUACGAGAUCUCCUCAAGCUCUUCUCCUGAUAAACCUAGAGACUGCUUUCAAUCCCUCGAUCUCUUUCCUAACCUCAACCAAAAUCCUAGUAACAACAAUACCUUGAUCGAGCCUUUACCUCUUAUUGAUCGGAUAAACUUAAACUCAAACCUUAACCUAAACCCUAAGCCAUCGUAUGUUGAAGAAGGAGAGGAAGAGGGAGAAGACGUUGAAAUGGAUGUGAGCUUACACAUAGGCCUUCCUGGCUCUUGUAAUUCAAGCAACGGUGCUAAACUGUCGAAGAAGAAAAAUGGGAAAGAGAUCAUCACUCAUGAUGCCGGAAAAGAAAUGGAAAAUGAACUUUCCGGUAAGGCAUACUGGAUUCCGGCGGUGGAGCAAAUCAUAAUAGGCUUCACACAUUUUUCUUGCCAUGUAUGCUUCAAGACUUUCAAUCGCUACAACAAUCUUCAGAUGCACAUGUGGGGCCACGGUUCACAAUAUAGGAAAGGACCAGAGUCACUGAAAGGGACGCAGCCACGAGCCAUGCUAGGGAUCCCUUGCUACUGCUGCGUCGAAGGGUGUAGGAACCACAUUGACCAUCCUCGCUCCAAACCCCUCAAAGACUUUCGAACGCUCCAAACGCACUACAAACGCAAACAUGGCCAAAAACCUUACGCGUGUCGCAUCUGUGGUAAGCUCUUGGCUGUCAAGGGCGAUUGGCGAACCCAUGAGAAGAACUGUGGGAAACGAUGGGUUUGCGUUUGCGGUUCAGAUUUUAAACACAAACGCUCCCUUAAAGACCAUGUCAAGGCUUUUGGGCCUGGUCAUGGUCCUUACCCGACUGGUCUGUUUGAAGAGCAGGCCUCUAAUUCUUCUGUCUCCGAAAAUUUGUUCUUUUGAAUUUGGGCAUCUAUCGCCUUAUGACUUGUGUGGAUCAUUUAUUUAGAUUAGAAUAAAA